CCAUGAUUAGUUACAACAUAAUAACAGGAGACACUUUGACUAAAGUUUUUCAAACAAUUCCUGGAGUUGGUCCAGAUAACUUACUUACUUACCGCCAAGUCAUUAUUCUAUGUAUUACUAUCAUCUUUACCCUGCCUAUGUCUCUCUAUCGUGACAUAGCAAAACUGGCAAAGGUAUCUUUUAUUUCUCUGAUUUUAACAACUGUAAUCCUGAUCAUCGUGAUGAUAAGGGCAGCUACCCUUAGCCCACUGGUACCUAAACUUGGUACAAAAUUUUUAUUUUUAAUGAAAUGUUGUUGUUUUUUAAUUGCCAUGUGUGUUUCAGCAUUCGUUUGCCAUCAUAACAGCUUUUUAAUCUAUGGCUCUUUGGAAGAACCCACUCUGAGUAACUGGUCUCGCAUCACUCAUGUGUCUGUCUCACUCGCUCUGUUUAUCAGUGUGGUGUUUGCUGUAUGUGGAUAUGUGACAUUUACCGGCUACACAGAAGGAGAUAUAUUUGAAAACUAUUGCAGAGACGAUGAUCUUGCUACAUUUGGAAGGUUUUGCUAUGGAGUCACUAUAAUCCUGACUUUCCCCAUUGAAUGUUUUGUGACUAGAGAAGUAAUUGCCAAUGUGUUUUUCAGUGGGACCCUUACCACCAUUCUCCAUGUUGCUGUGACAGUAAUUGUAGUUGCUGUAGCCACAAGCAUAUCUUUAGUGUAUGAUUGCCUUGGAAUAGUUUUAGAGCUGAAUGGGAUUCUCAGUGCUACUCCACUUGUUUUUAUCAUCCCAACAGCAUGUUUUCUGAAGCUGUCUGAAGAGCGAUGGAACCAUUCAGAUAACCUCAUAUCCGGCCUGAUUCUUACUGUUGGUGUGUUAGUGAUGACAGUUGGAUUUGUUAUGACUAUCUUGCAUCCCCAAGAAUGUAGCCAUGGAAAAGAAAUGGUCUACUGCUUCCCUAAUAAUGCCUCUCUUUACAACAGUACACUUCCACCUUUUUAGCCAAUUUGCAAGUCCUGAGUCUAAAGGGCCUGUCAUCAGUUCAUACUAAUUUAAAUAUGACUGGGACAGAGUCCUCUUAUGUUUUCGUACUGACUAAGAAUCUUAAACUGUACAACUAUAUUUGUGUAUCGUGUUUUAUGCUAUUGUCUUUUUCUAGAUGAGAAUUAAGCUUUGACUUUUAAGAUUGCAUGGCAUCAAACCUGACUCUUCAGUAGAGUCUCACUAAAUUGGAUGAAUAACUCGAAAACCAAUUGCUAAGGAUGUAAUUUUGCAAAUUUGCAAAUUAGUAAUCAAAUACAAUUAAAAAACAUAGAUUAGGCAUCUCAAAGUGUACUUGCUCUAGUCAUUUAACAAAUGGAGUUUUAAUUACCUUU